UGUGAACUUAGUUAAGAUGAAAAACUUCAUUAAUAUUAUCGGUAACAGUAAAUUCAUUUGCGUAUUUAAAUAAUCAACCACAAAUAAUAAGAAAAUUAGUUCAAAAUUAAGUACCUCCCUAGUAAUAGUGGUAGGAACGUGAUAUAUAGCUGAUCGAAAGUCUCAACAAAUAAAUCUGGCUUAUAAAGAUUCAGUAAUCUAUUUCUCAAAAAAUUAUUUCAUUCUAUGCAUUUUAUUUACAUGCCAAAGAAUGUGGCAGCAGUCUGGACGACAAGCACAUCUAUCAUGGUUACCCGCCUACGCUAAACAAACCCCUCCACCGCAUGCUGUUGAAGCUGAUGUUAAUAUCUACGUUAUUCGUGGUCGAGUUAAUGAUGAUGUGAUACCUGGAAAAUGGCCCAUAUAUCUUGGUAAAGGUUAUGUACCAUAUGGUGGAAAAGAAGUUGAAUUGGACAGUUUCGAAGUGUUGUGCAACACAAGUUUAAAGCCAACAGAACGCUUUUAUGAAUGGGUUUCAUAUACUGGAGGCAAUGUACCAAACAAUGCAUUACAUGCUGGUGAAACCCAAUCAUCCGAACCUUUAUACAUAGCUCGUAGAUUAGUGAAUAAUGAGAUGUGUGUUGGUAAAGUCCAUCCAUCACAUGGUUGUGCAUAUUUUCCAUGGGGUGGCGAGGAACAUUCGGAGAAGAGUUAUGAAGUACUGUGUUAUCUAGAUUGA